UCAUAUCCGUCAGUGACCUAUUAUUACACAAUCUAGCCCAAAAAAUUCAACCACCCGUUUCAACCCAUGGGGGAAUGGCAGCACCUCCUAAACCCUGGGAAAUUGCAGGUGUGAACCAACAAAAUGCUGGAAAUAUUCCUGUAAAUAAUAUGUCAGGAUCACCUUUGAAUUCUGGUGCAGGAGGAGGCCUACCACCAUGCUGUCAGCCAUCAGCGGCAGCUGGCUCUGGACCACCACCUCCUGUCCCCACUCGUCCAUCACAACAGUCAAAUUAUAGCAGAUUCUCUUCACCAUAUGGUUAUUCUAGUCCUUACAGCAGUAUGGGGAUGUAUGGUGGUGGUGGUAUGUAUGGUGGUGGGUAUGGAGGAAUGAGUAGUCCAUAUUCUGGUGGUGGUAUGUAUGGUGGAGGGUAUGGAGGACAGUAUGGAUCAUAUGGUAACGGAGAGUACAAUGGAUUCGCCAGACAAGCUGAGGAGAAUUCUCGGCAAGCAUUUCAGUCUGUAGAGAGUAUUGUAAAUGCCUUCACAUCAGUUAGUAUGAUGUUAGAUUCUACGUUUCAAGCUGUGUAUAAUUCAUUCCGUGCUGUCAUUGGUGUAGCAGAUAAUUUCUCAAGAUUAAAACAUCAGUUAUCUUCUGUAUUUUCUGCUUUUGCACUUUUCAAAUUCCUCAGAUAUAUAUACAGAAAGGUUUUGGUUUUGUUACGACUGCGACCAAAUAUGGAGACUGAUGAAGCAUGGAGUCAGGCAGCAGCAUCAGCAAUUCCAUCUGUGGCAGGAGAAGGAGACAGUCCAAAGAAGAGUACCUGGCCUAUAAUGAUGUUCCUUGCCAUUAUCAUGGGUGGUCCAUACCUGAUUUGGAGAUUGAUUUCAAGUGUAACACAAACACCAGGCAAGCAAUGGAUGACAGGAGAAGAUGACCAUUUUGUUGCCACAGCACAGUAUGACUAUAAAGCAGAAAAUGAAGGAGAAUUAUCAUUUUCUGUAGGUCAAGAAAUCAAAGUGGCUCCAAAAGAAAUACAGCCAAGAAUUAAGGGCUGGCUUCUUGCAAGUGUUGAUGGACAAAAAACAGGAAUUAUUCCUGGAAAUUAUGUGAAAGUUUUAGGAAAAAGACAAGGCACCAGAAAGGUAAAUCAGGUUGCCAUCGAAGCAGUACAAAAUACUGUCACAAAAAGUUGUUGCAGUAAAGAAAACACUACUCCCAAAAGUUGCUGCGAUAAAUCACAAAAUCCAUCAUUAAAUUGUGUAAAUGACAACCUUGAGAAUGUUUCAACAGAGAACCCACCAAUAGAUAGUAACGAUAAUCAAGUGCUGGAUAAUGCUUUUGGUAAUGUGGACAGUACUUCUGAAAUGGAAGCAUAUGACAUAGUUGACAAGUGUCAAGAUUAAUUCAGUAAAAAUGUUUUGUAUAUUCAGAUUUCUGUGAUUAUUUAUAUAUAGUGAUUUUAAUGAUUAAUUUUGUCAUGAAAUACUGUCUUUUUUACUAGAUACAAUUGACAUAUUUUCAAUGUAAAUUUAUAAAUCUUCUUUGUGCUGAUACCUGCAAGUUAUUUAAAUUCAUUAUACCCCCGCUGUUUUACCUCUGUCUGGCUGUCCGUCCGUCCGUCCGUCCGUCCCAUGAAUAUUUUCGUUGCAUCUUUCUCAGGAACUACAUUACAAAGAUUUCUGAAAUUUGGUUUCAGGGUUCAUAUAAGUCAGCUAUACUGUGUGAUGCGUAUUCAGAUUCAUCACUCAACAACUUCCUGUUUACCGAACACUUGUAUCAUUUUACACAUGAUAGCCAAGAUGAAAAUUUUCGUCACACUUUUCUUAGGAACUACAAUACAAGGAUUUCUGAAAUUUGGUUUCAGGGUUUAUAUAAGUCAUCUAUACCGUGUGAUGCGUUUUCAGAUUCAUCACUCAACAACUUCCUGUUUACCGAAAUAUUUGGGCGGGGGUCUCAUCAGUGAGCAGUAGCUCGCAGUUUCACUUGUUAAUGAUAUUGUUUCUGUCAUUCACAAGCUCCUAGAUUAUCACCCUCUACAGUGAAAUCCCUUGAGGGACUGAAUAUCAUAUUAGGCUAAUUUACUAGCUGAAUGAGCUGAUAGCAAAUUAACUUCUGUAAUACAUUAUGUCAGUAUUUGCAGGAACCAUAUUAGUUCUGAUGAAAAAUUUGCUUUGCUUUUAUUUUAUUAUUCUUCAAUGCAACAAUAAGUACUCAUAUCUAAUAUAUAUAAUAUCUUUGCAAGUUUGAUUGUUUCUUUAUCAGGCAGCCUUGGAAGAGUUGGAAUAAAGAUGUGAGCUCCUUUGAUCCAUAUUAGCAAAUCCUAUCUAGGUAUUGGAAACCUAAGAUUAAUGUGAUCAAAUAUUGAAAUAAAAUGAGCAUAAUUCCCUUUCUGUAGGAGAGUCUGUUCAUGUCUGGUUACUUUAUAGCUCACCUGGCCCAAUGGGCCAAGUGAGCUUUUCUCAUCACUUUAAUUUAACUUGGCCUCAAUCAUUAUUAGGGUAUCUUAUACUAUUUAUUAUGAUUUUAAUCUUAUUUUACAUGAUUUCCAAAACCACAGUAGAUACAGGUGAGCGACACAGGCUCUUGAGAGCCUGUAGUUUGUUAAAUAGUGUAGAAGGAAUUGCAGAUUAGUAUUUGUGAUGAAGAAGCCAGAAGACACAAGAUUACAUAUACUGAUACCAAUAGUUUGACUGUUAAAUUAAAUGAAAUUAAUGGUUUGAUAUAAAUGAUUAUUUGGAUGGAAAUGUUAUAUUAACAGUGUCAUUAUCAACAUGUUUUACAUGUACUAUGCAGAUUUGAUUGAACACAAUAAAGUAUAUAUUUAUUAACAAAACUAAUUUAUACACCAAUAGAUUUAUCCACAGAGAAUAUUAUUAUAAUGACAGCAGAAUAGGUAAAAAUGACAUGUUAAUUAUAUAUAUACAAUAAAUGUACAUUGUUGGAUAUAUAUCAUUGAUUUGUUCAAGUUCUAGAAACUAGAGGAAAAACUAUGCUCACAGAGCUUUUCUCCUGUUUUUGUAUUGAUUACAAAUACAUUUGAUAUUAUUUUAUGACAAUGUA